AUGAGCAACAUGAAGAACAGAACAUCUAGGUUUGUAAAGCAGAUCAUAGCUGCUCUAAGCUCAAUGGCCAAGUCAAAAACUAUGGCCUUGAAGUCCAAAACAAACGCCAUCAAGGCUCGUCUCAUUAUAUUCUCACUCAUGAAGAACAAGAAGUUCCUGAUGAACUCAAUCACCGAGAAGUUCCACUCAUUCUUGGGGCACCAUUCUGAGUCCAAUGAGGAUUGUAUAUUGGAGCAUGGCAGAGACAAUAGCAGGGCCAUAGUGGUGUAUAACAACAAUGCACACUCCUAUGAGGCCUUGCCCAAUCCCAAUGAGACACAAGUGAUGGAGAAAAUAGACCAGGAUGAGUAUGAAAGUUGUUACUACAACUAUGGGGGUGGAUAUGAUGAUGAUGAUAAGUACCCUGAUCUAACCCACACUCUUUUUGAUUCAGAAGAUUUGGAUCUUGGGGCCUCAGUGAUUGAUUUGGUGAAGAAUUCUAAGGAAGAAGCAGGGCAAGAGUUUAAACUUGAGGAUGAGAUUGACCAUGUAGCUGAUCUUUUUAUCAAGAAGUUUCGCAGGCAAAUGAUAUUGCAGAAGCAAGAGUCAUUGAAGAGAAAAAGAGAAAACAUGCAAAGUGAUGCCUGA